AUGGACAAAGGCAACAUGGCGCAAGAGCGCGGUGACGAGGUUGAGACCAAAACACCUGACCCGUCAACCCAGCAUGGAGACAUGCGCCUGGAAGGGUAUUCCCAGUUCACGGUAGCCCAGAAGCGGGCUAUUGUUGCCAUGGGAUCCUUGGCCAGUUUCUUCUCACCCUUGUCUUCCAGCAUAUAUCUGCCUGCCUUGACCACUAUCGCGAAUUCCCUGAAUAUCUCCGUCUCACAGGUGAACCUGACAGUCACUACUUACCUGAUUAUGCAGGGAGUGGCACCUAUGUUGAUCGCAGGAUUCUCGGACACUGCCGGCCGUCGUCCCGCUUACAUCAUUUGCUUCACAAUUUACCUUGCAGCCAACCUGGGACUAGGUCUCCAAAACAGCUAUGCUGCCCUGCUGGUCCUCAGAUGUCUCCAGAGCGCAGGGAGCAGCGGGACUGUGGCCCUGGCGAACGGUUUGGUCGCAGACAUGAUCACAUCCGCGGAACGAGGCUCAUAUAUCGCCUUUGCUUCAGUCGGAAGCAUGUUAGGUCCUUCUUUGUCGCCCAUCAUUGGCGGCCUUCUCAGUCAGUACACUAACUGGCACUGGAUCUUCUGGUUUCUGCUCAUCUUCGGCGGCGUGUUCUUCCUCAUCCUCGGUCUAUUCCUACCGGAAACUUGUCGAAAAGUCGUUGGAGACGGGUCCAUCCCACCGCCCCCUUUGAGUAACUCUGUGGCAGAUAUUAUCCGGCAUCGCACGCGCAAACAGAAGGGUCUCUUGCCUGACCCGGACAAGGAAGCCGAGGUGCGGAAGAACUACUCCCUUCGAUUCCCGUCACCAGUCCCGACUAUGAAGGUUGUCCUGGAUAUCGAGACGUCAGUCGUCCUAAUCACCACAGGAUUGAUGUUUGCUGGUUUCUAUGCUGUCAUGACUGGUGCGUCGACCUCCUUCCACAAGAUCUAUCACUUCAACGACCUCCAUGCUGCAUUGAUGUACCUCCCCAUCGGCGGAGGAGGGGUGCUUUCAGCCUUCACAACCGGCCGACUGGUCGACUGGAACUACCGCCGCCAUGCAAAACGUGCUGGUCUCACCAUCGUCAAAAAUGUGCGUGCGGACAUUCGCAACUUCAACGUCGAGCGCGCGAGACUGGAAGUCGCACUCCCGCUUUACUAUAUUAGCAAUGUGUCGAUGCUGACCUACGGCUGGGUGUUGGGUCACAAGGUCAACCUUGCCGCUCCUAUCAUUCUUUUGUUCAUUACCGGAUGGUCGAUCAUUGGUACCUCCCAAGUGCUGAAUGCCUUGAUGGUCGAUCUCUGGCCGGGCAAGUCGGCGGCCGCGACUGCAGCGAACAAUCUAUUCCGGUGUGAGCUUGGUGCCGCGGCGUCAGCAGCAAUCAGCCCUAUGCGCUCUGCCAUGGGCGAGGGCUGGGCGUACACCACGCUUGCUUUGAUCUCCAUUGCUGUUUCUCCUUGCUUGUGGGUAGUUGCGGCUAAGGGAAUCAAGUGGCGACAGAAGAGAAAUCGAAAGGAGGAGAAAUCGUCCUGUGGACAGGACUAA